UUAGGGAUGAGCCCUUUGUGCCUGAAGAUCAGAGGGUGACAUGCGCACUGCUCGGAGCGCUCACAAGCUGCGGACAUAAUGCUGGAAAAUAAAACGCUCAGCUUGCUUCUUGGUAUCGUGGCGUCUCUCAAUAAGCUGUUAUGACUUUUUCCAUCGGGAAAUUGUCAGUCUUGCUUUUCGGUCAAGGUAGAAAAAUACCCUACGGACUGGAGAAGCUGCCGGUUGUGCUUUCCCCGGGCUCUGUGGGGACCUGUUGAUCGUCCACCGGCAGCUGCAAUGGAGGUGCGAAACAGACAAGUAUGACAUUUAACUGAGACCGAAAGCCACCAAGGAAGAUUUCACUCAAGCGUCAGGCUACGAUGGAGAUCAUGAAUACCCAGUGUGCCUUGGAGGCUGUGGAGAGGCUGCAAGCCAAAUUGAAGGAGCGAGGGGAGGCUCCCACACAGGAGAAACUAUCCCUGCUGAAAACUGUCCUGCAGAGCCCCCUGUUCCUUCAUAUACUCAGCUUACAGCAAGCUCAGCGGAAGCCCCCGGCGAAGGGUAAGGGCCUUUCCAAGUCCGUGUCCAUGAAUUGUGGCCCAUGCCAGGGUGCAGCGUUUGGCCUGAAGACACUGAGCCACAGUGACUCAUACACAUGGGCCAUGGAGAACCGAAGGCCCAGCACUGCCAGAUCAAUGCACAGAGACGGCAGCGUCUCCUCUCUAGGCUCACAGGAUCUGUCCUUCUCAGACAUCUACCCAGACAACUGCAUUCACACCGAAUCUCAGUACUGCACUCCCCCUCGAAUCUCCCGCACCAUGUCGAUGGGGAGAAACCUCUCUGCUAUUGCACAUGAGAGACGGCAUUUGGAGAUGAUAGAGCUGACCAAUGAUGGAAAAGGACUUGGUUUUGGCAUCAUAGGAGGACGAAGCACUGGAGUCAUGGUCAAGACCAUCCUCCCUGGAGGGGCUGCUGGAAGGGAUAACCGCCUACGUAGCGGAGAUCAAAUCCUGCGCAUUGGAGACACAGAUUUAGUGGGCAUGAACAGUGAACAGGUGGCGCAGGUGCUGCGAAAUGCUGGAAGCAAGGUUAAACUGCUCAUCGCCAGGGAUGUUACCAAGGACAACCACCUUUCCUCUCCUGUCCGCAGCCAGGACAACUUGGACAGCAAGCUCAGUGAUUUGAAUGAUGACUAUGAGUUCAGUGUGCAGUUCACUAAAAACAGCCGGGGCUUGGGAUUCACCAUCUCUAGCUACAUAGGUGACCUAAAUUCAGUCUACAGCGCUGGCGUGAUAGUGAAGAGCAUAGUAAAAGGCAGCACUGUCGAUCAAGAUGGACGCAUACACAUCGGAGACAUCAUCCUGUCUGUCGAUGGGGUGAGCUUGCAGGGUUGCAGUGAACAGCGUGCUAUGGAAGUGCUGAGGAGGACAGGUCCCCUGGUCAGACUGAAGUUGCUGAGGAAAGCCGUCCGCCUGAGUCACAUCCUGCCCCCAGUACCACCUCUGCAACCCCUCCGACACUCCCACAGCUUCCACGAGGGCAAUCCCUACAGAGUGGGCCUCAACAAAAUUCAAGAGACAGGAAUUUGCUCUCUGCGUGAAAUCUCCCGGCGAGCAGCAUACGCCAACAGACGACCCCGACAUGAUUCCAGAAACGGUGUAAAACUCACUCCAGCUGAGGGGGAGGCCCUGAGGAAGAAGUGGCAGCGUGCAGUUGGACCCCGAUAUGAAGUGAUUGUUUGUCAGCUGGAGCGUUUCAGUGAGACAAGUGGUUUGGGCAUCAGUUUGGAGGCUCGGGCGGGACAUCACUACCUGUGUUCCAUCUUGCCUGAGGGCCCUGUUGGCCAAAGUGGCAAGAUCUUCACUGGAGACCAGAUAUUGGAGGUGAAUGGGAUCCCUCUCAUCGGAGAGACACAUAAGGAGGUGGUCAAUAUUCUCAAGGAGCUGCCAGUCCAUGUAUACCUGGUAUGCUCACGUAUUGUACCCCCGUCAAUUCCGGACAGCGAAGCCGAAGAGGAUGAUGAUGUCUGUCUCACUCUGAAAGAGCUGCUGGCUGAGUUCAAUGAUAAGUUGGACCAGGGCUGUGUCAUUCCCUGUCCUACAGCUGAGGACAUCACCAAGCGUGGCGUGCCCCCCAUGUCGCCACCUCUGGCCAUGUGGGAGAGGGAGGCUCAGGUGGUCGAGCUAGAGAAAGGCGAGCUGGGACUGGGCUUCAGUAUCCUGGACUACCAGGAUCCAGAAGAUGCCACUAAGACAGUUCUGGUAAUCCGGUCCUUGGUGCCUGGAGGAGUAGCUGAUCGAGAUGGUCGCCUGUUACCUGGCGACCGACUCAUGUUCGUUAAUGAAACUGACCUAGAAGGCUCCAGCCUGGAUUAUGCUGUUCAUGUCCUUAAGUCCACUGACUAUGGCACCGUCCGCAUUGGUGUUGCCAAACCCCUGCCGCUGGAACUGUGUGGCGGCUUGACGCCCAUCUCAGAGAGAAGCGCUCGGGCUUCAUGCGAUGACACCGACAGCCACACUCAGGUCAGCCUGCUAGCUGAGGCAGCUGAGGCUAACAUCAACACCCCCACUUGCAACUCCGAGGACAACAGGAUCAACCAACCCUGCUACAUGGAAAACCAACUGCGCCACCGCUUUGGCAUCUUGGAAGAUGACAAUAGGCAGCAAGCCCCGCCUCUUCCCCCCCGCAUCAGCUUUGAGAAGACAAUCACUGUUGUCCGGGGCAACCGUAGCCUUGGGAUGUCGGUGAGUGCUAUCAAGGACGGCUCAGGCAUGCUGGUGCGCAGUGUGGUCCAGGGGGGCUCUGUUAGCCAGGAUGGAAGGCUAGGGGUGGGGGACGCCAUCUUGGCCAUCAACGGAGAACCUACCUCCAACCUGACUAACGCCAAGGCCAGGGCCAUGCUCCGCAGACACUCUGUCAUAGGGCCAGAGAUGAGAUCUACCCAUGCAGAUCUUGACAGGCAGUGUGACUCGAAUGAUAUAACCUACGUCCCAGCCCGUCAGGUGGACGAACACCGUGCUCAUCUGUGUUUGACUCCUCUGGCAUCAAUCCAGACAGACAGCGCCUCUCCAUCACCCACCCAGCCAACUCCUUCUCCAGAGCCUCCAUCAGAUCCAGACAGGUCGUCCAGUCCUUCAGCCUCAUCCGUGCUCAAACCAUCUGCCUCCGUCAAAUUGAAAGCUGCAGCUCCAGAUCCAGCCACAGUCAGAGCUUCUGCUUCGUUCAAAGGCCCAUCCAAAGGACCAACCACAGUCCCCACCAUCACCCCAGCCUCAGACUCAAGUUGGCAGAUUCCAAAAUUUCUACCUCACAGGAAUACGGGAGAGGGGAAAGAUGGAGGCAGUGUGGAAGAGAAAAGGGACAAGAUUAUUGCAGAUGGGAAAGUACCAAAGCCUGAAGUGAAGAUAAGAGUGGAUGGUAAGGAAGAGGGAGAUGAAGAGCUCCUUUCUCACACCACAGUAUCUUGGGAUCAACCUAAAAGUGUGCGGCUGACUCGAGCACCAGGCCAGUCCCUGGGUAUCAGCAUAAUGGGAGGCAGAGGCAUGGGCCGAAGACUGAGCAGUGGAGAGAUGAUGAGGGGAGUCUUCAUCAAGCACAUCAGCCCCGACAGCCCGGCAGCACAUAAUGGCACCCUCCGGACUGGAGACAGGAUACUAGAGGUGUGUGGUGUGGACCUAAGAGAUGCCAGCCAUGAGCAGGCAGUGGAGGCCAUCCGCAGGGCUGGGGACUCUGUGAUCUUCCUGGUCCAGUCUGGACAGAACAGAUCUCAGUCUCCCACUCUCAUCAACCACGAAAGACUAACUCCAACACCACAGUCCAACUCACACAGCAGCAAGGAAGCAGAUACUCUCAGUGGUCUGUUCCUUAGUCUCUCCCCUGCAAACCCCUUCACUCCCACCCCCUUUAAGGUACCAUCACCAACAUCCAACAGAGUGGAUCGGAGAAGCCCCAUGAAUGUCCCAGCGCCAAUCACAGCGGCACCUGAAGACGAGGACGCCAGUGGCAGGAAAAAGAUGCUUCAGCGCUAUGGCAGUCUAUCUGGAAAGCUCCACAUGAUUGAACUGGAAAAGGACUCUGCAGCUCACGGCUUGGGAAUCAACCUCACGGGCAACAAGGAUGGCUCCCGGGCCCGUAUGAGUGUCUAUGUGGCAGAUAUAGACCCUCAAGGGCCUGCUGGUGUAGAUGGGAGGAUACAGGUUGGGGAUGAGCUACUGGAGAUUAAUGGUCAGAUCUUGUAUGGCCGGAGUCACCAAAAUGCCUCCACUAUCAUCAACAACACUCCGUCUAAAGUCAAAAUCAUUCUCAUCAGACAGAAAUCGCUUCCAAGCCAAAUGGUUCAGGGAUGCAGAACAGAAUCUGAGGACACAGUCGACUCCCAGACAAACACUUCCGGGUGUGGAGGAUUGCCCAGAGACAUUGAGGACAUUAUCCUACCUCAGGAUCAUGUAGGCCUUGGCAUUUGCCUGGUGGAGGAUGAUUCAAAGGCAGGACUGGUGGUCAGGUCUCUGACCCAGCAUGGCACUGCCAGUAAGGAUGGCAGGAUAAAGGUUGGAGACAGAAUAGUAGCGGUGGGUGAUGAAACCGUGGCUGGAUUGUCGGUGGACAAGGUGUCCAGUCUGAUUCUCAAACACCGGGUCACUGUCAAGCUGUCCAUCAGCCGUUCCAAGAGUCUGCCCUCCUCUUCUUCCUCACUACCCCCCCCUGCAUCACUUUCCCAUCCCUGCGCUCCCUCUUCACUAGUCCGGCUUGCUCCCUCUUCCUCCUCCUCUUCAUCUGUCAAUACCAUGAAGACCUCUCCAACGGAGAAAUCUGACUGGUUAGGAACCGCUCCCACAACCUCUGACCCCAUGAGCUCCCCGGUCACUGCUGGAAGGGAAACCACCAUAGAGAUUUGUAAAGGAAAUGUAGGCCUGGGCCUCAGCAUUGUAGGAGGAUGUGACACUCUGCUGGGGGCAGUAAUAAUCCAUGAAGUGAAUGAUGGAGGAGCAGCACAGAAGGAUGGAAGAAUGCAGGCGGGAGACCAGAUAUUAGAGGUAAAUGGCAUAGACCUGCGGCAGGCCACUCAUGAUGAGGCCAUCGCUGUGCUGCGGCUCACCACCCAGCGUGUUCGGCUUUGCGUUUUCAGGCACCAGGAGGCUUACAGGGAGGAGGACCUGUGGGACGUCUUUAGCCUGGAGCUCAGGCCUCGUCCUGGAGAGGGACUGGGCUUCACCACUGUGGGGAAGAGUAAUGACACGGGCAUCUUUGUAUCAGAUAUCAUCAGAGGAGGCGUAGCAGAUUCAGAUGGCAGGUUGUUGCUAGGUGAUCAGAUUCUGUCAAUCAACGGAGAGGAUGUCCGUGCAGCGUCACAGGGGCACGCACAAAUGCUUCUGCAGAGUUGCAGUGGAGCAGUUCACCUAGAGGUGGCUCGUUUUAAAGCUGGGGUGCAGUACUCAAAGCGAAGUCAGGAGUAUUUUAAGUUUUGCUUUAUCCAGAGCGAAGACUCCGACUGUUCCACCCUGACACCUUCAAGUAUAUGUGAUGCAUUCUUCAGCCACCAGAGGGAGACAGACAACAAAACAGGACGCUACAACUCUGACAUCAGAAAAGUAAUAAUACAAAAGGGUCCAUGUGACUCCCUGGGCAUCAGUGUAGCUGGAGGAGUGGGCAGUCCCCAUGGCAACGUACCUCUUUUUAUUGCUUCCAUGGAUACGAAUGGACUGGCUGCCAAAACACAGAAAUUACAGACAGGAGACCAAAUCCUCAGUAUCAAUGAUGUGUCCACUGAGGGAAUGACUCAUGUCCACGCCGGAGUGCUGCUGAAGAACGCCACCGGAACCAUCAGUCUGCAGGUGGCAGCAGAUUCUGGGGGCAGCAGCACACAAGAUCACAGUGAUGCUCGGCCGUCAGGUCAACCCAGCAGCCAGACUUGUUUUCACAACAACCUCUGUGCUCGCACAUAUAAGACCAUCACUCUAGAGAGAGGCUCCUCAGGCCUGGGCUUCAGCAUUGUAGGAGGGUUUGGCAGCCCUCACGGAGACCUGCCGAUCUACAUCAAAACUGUCUUCAACAAGGGGGCAGCCAUAGAGGACGGUAGGCUGAAACGUGGAGAUCAGAUCAUCGCUGUGAAUGGACACUGCCUGGAGGGUGUGACUCAUGCUGAAGCUGUGGACAUCCUGAAGAAGACUAAAGGAACUGUAGUCCUCACUGUCCUCUCCUGAGACGAGGCCCGUUGCGCCCCAUUUUGAUUCCAUCCUGCCUGAACAAAUGUAGCUGCUUCUUGAGGAACUACUCCACCCAGACCUGAAGAGGCCAGUUGAAAUGAUGGGUUCUCAUAUAAAUACAUUAGAGGAGUAGAUAAUGUAAGUCUAAAUGUAUCUCUUUUUAGUUUGGAGAAACUACCUCUAAAUGCAAACACAACUCGAGUGUGUUGCGUACAUGCACACAGUAUUUCCCGUAAAAACUCCUAUUCCAGUGAAGGAUUUAUUUGAACUAAUCUGUACGAAUUUGUACCCCCGAACAUAAAUGGGCCACAGAAGAGACCCCGAAAUCAAAGUACCAAAAAAAAUGGAUAAUAAAUAAUCCAUUACCACAGUGUCCAGCUGGUAUUAUGUGGUGUCUUAGUUGUCAUAUUUAGAAUAUAAUUGUGCAUUGAUGUGCAUCAUUGUCCAUGUAAACACACUUGUGAAUAAACUACUAUCCUCAGAUCUUUUGAAUAUGCUGACCACACAGGUGAAUGCAUCAGAAAACAUCUCUAAAUAAACUAUGUGACACGUAUUUGCAGUACUACUGUCUCUUACUGCUGCUCAUUCAGAGUAAACAACUGUGAUAAACUCCUAAGACCCCGUACAUGCCAAGUGCUUCUGCCAAUCUUUUAUAUGGCAAUAAGGUUUUAGGCAAUUUGUUUUAAAGUCUCUUGUACCUUUCAUCUCACUAUCAUAUUCUGUAAUUACAGAUAUCAUUUCUGGGACAGUAAAGGUCUAACAUGACAUGACAAUAAUUAGCAGUGAGAACCACCUUAUGUGAAGCAGGUGGAAAAAAAAUGUUCAUUUUGUUACAUCUGUUAAAAGCAGCUGCUGAAUAUCCUCUAUUACCAUUUUAUUAUUUAUUAGUGUUUUCACAGUCUUUACCUUGAGCAGCUGCUUUUUAGGCCUUCAAGAAGGUAUUGUUAUUGUGUAUUGUGCAAUCUUUAUUUAGAAAGCCUCUUGUAUCUGUUUUAUAUUCAUUUAUUAACACUGUGAUGCUUGUUUUUUUCCCCUUCACUGUAAUUUAUUUAAGUGAAUAGUCCUUGUAGCCUGAACACACAUGGCAUUGUGUAACUUUGUGUAAUUGAAUCUACUGUAAGUGAUCUUAUUAAACGUGCAUUUGUUAGAA